AUGCGGAUCAUGUCCUUGUAUCGUCGUACACUACCGUUCUGGUUUGUAUGCAUCCUCACAUGUGAUGUGAUGUGCGAUCUAUCCAAUCGGACUACACGAUUAACGCGAUUGGAUCUAACCAUGACCCCCAACCUUUUGCUCAAUACAUCUUCCGUCUACUUCACUUCCGAACACGGAAAGUUGACCAUGCAUACGGAGAAACCAUCGGCUACCGUAGUCCCUGCAACAAAACCCAGACGAGCGCUACGUUCUGUGUCAACCAUAACCAAUUUGGCUCAGUCCCUUCGAGGUCGUCGUAUGACGACGGGGGCGGAGGAGAUCAACCGAGAACGGGCCCGCCACGUGCGAUCCCAGUCUACGCAUAUCCCCAAUGAUGAAAUGCAUGUGGACAGUGGACGACGCCCGGUACAUGACAGACAUGUGGAUGAUAACCCGGUGAUUCCGGCUCCCUAUCCGGUCAGUUUGACGCAUAUGGGGGCAGACAAUGCGGACCAGGAACAACUACUACGUCCGGAGAAGUGUAUCCCUAUCGAAAUUCCACUGUGCAAAAAUAUUGGCUAUAAUUUGACCUACAUGCCAAAUGCAUUUCAUCAUGAGACACAGGAAGAAGCUGGACUUGAGGUGAGUUGA